AUGGCCUCACUCAAGAGGAUAUUUAUGGGUGGGCUGCCGCCUGCCGAUUUUGUCGCUCCCCAUGGUCCUUCAAGAAAGGGAGGCUCGCGCCCACUCCUUCCGCCCCCGACCGACACCGACGACGUUCCAAGAGCCACGCACCCCUGGGAGGCCUACGACAAUCUCCUCGCCAUCUGGUCGGCCGUCCUCGCGCUUGACGCCACUUGCCUAACCGUCAUCCCACUCGGCACCCACCGCCUCCACAUGUUUAGCUACGAAUGCGCCAGGGACUUGACAUACUUCCCUUACGUUUCGCCGAACCCAAGGUCACUGAGGACCUUCGCCGACGAGGGCGAAUGUUCUGGGACUGUUGAGCGCAAAAUUGCAUCAGUUACCAACACGACAGCACCCUUCGAGCGCAAGGUUCGGCAAGAGGCUCGAUACAUGAUCGAUUACAAGACGCUCGAGCAAAUGCACCCAACGGAUCCCGAUGAUCCGAAGGGUCACACACAGGGAAAACGAGACGACCUUGGACCAGGAGCUUAG